CUUAGCGAGAUAUUGUUAAUUUCAGAUAUUGAUGAAUGCCUUCAACCAAACAUUUGUAAAGGGAUAUGCCAUAAUAUUGAAGGAAGCUUCUAUUGUACUGAAUGUCCUCACAAGACCGAGUACGAUCUACACAAAAUGCAGUGUACAACAACAAAACAACAUAUUCUGCUUUCAGGUAUUAUCAUUGGGUCAUCUGGUGGCUUCAGCAUUCUAGCUCUGAGUUUUGGUACAGUAUUUCUCAUUCGUAUAUGGAAAAGAAAUGUUCAACGACAACUACGGAAGAAUUAUUUUCGGAAUAACCAAGGUCUUCUCCUAGAAACAUUGAUAUCAUCUGAUGAAAGUGCAAAUGACAAAACAAAGAUUUUCUCAUUAGAAGAGCUAGAGAAAGCAACAGACAACUUUGAUACGGCCCGCAUCAUUGGCUCUGGGGGGCAUGGCAUGGUUUAUAAAGGCAUGUUAUCUGAUCAACGUGUGGUUGCAAUAAAAAAGUCCAAGGUCAUUAAAAAGGCUGAGAUCACUCAAUUCAUCAAUGAGGUCGCUAUCCUCUCACAAGUAAAUCAUAGAAACAUUGUGAAGCUCUUUGGGUGUUGUCUGGAAACUGAGGUUCCACUGCUCGUGUAUGAAUAUAUAUCUUGUGGCUCACUGUCUCAAGUCUUAAAUGCUGACUCAAGCACUAGUUUUUCUUUGUCCUGGGAUGAUUACUUAAGGAUUGCCACGGAAACAGCAGGAGCACUAUCUUAUCUCCACUCAGCGGCUUCAAUAUCAAUCUUCCAUCGUGAUGUGAAAUCGUCAAACAUACUCCUGGAUGGGAACUACAGAGUUAAAGUUUCAGAUUUUGGUGCUUCUAGAUUGGUUCCAGUUGAUCAAACACACAUUGUUACAAAUGUGCAAGGUACAUUUGGGUACUUAGAUCCAGAGUACUUCCAUACCAGGCAGUUAAAUGAGAAGAGUGACGUGUAUAGUUUUGGUGUGGUACUAGUGGAGUUGCUUCUUAGAAUGAAGCCUAUCAUCAGGAGUGAAUCAGGCACAAUGCAGAACUUGUCACACUACUUUAUAAGGGCAUUGAACGAGGGAGGGAUCGCCGACAUACUGAACUCUGAAGUCCUUGAGGAAGCAACUAAGGAUGAGAUCAUCGAUGUUGCCAGUCUUGCAGAGUUGUGCUUAAGACUGCGUGGUGAAGAAAGACCCACCAUGAAACAAGUUGAGGUUGAGUUGCAGAUAUUACGAACAAGAAGGGCAAACUCAUGUCAAGCGAAUGUAAUAAAUGAAGAACAAACACAACCAAUGUUGUUAACUCGAGGAGUUAAAGUUGCUUUCCAGUC